AACUAUACCUGAUUAUUCUUGUAUAAAUUGUUAUCCUCUACUUGAAGUUAUACCUGAGCAUUUUAUUAAUUUUUGGGAUUGGUUCACCUUAGAAUUCCCUGCUUCUAGCUUUACUGCAUGUUCGAUAUUACUUUUUAGAAGAAUUGUUCAACAAGUAGUUAUUUUAGAAGAUUAUCUUGAAGCUUUAAUAGUAACCUUUCGAUAUAACUCAGAAGUUAAUUUCUAUACCUUAGUUACCCGUAUUAGACAAGCACUUAUCUUAACAGAUAGAUUUAGUCUUGAUCCUUUUACCAGUUUAUAUAUUCAGAGUGAAACUACUUCUAUACACUCUAAUUCGUCAACACAAGGUCUUCUUGAUUUUGAUUAUAAUUUAGAUUUAUUAUUUCAGACUCCUCCUCCUAGCCCAAAAUUAAACAUGCCAACUGUUCAACAAGUCUACGAUUAUCUUUGUGGUGAAGCUGGCCAUAUAGCUAGAAGUUGUUUAGCUGAGAAAAAUCCUACAGUUGCUCAAUAUAAGCAAUUAGCUAAAGAUGUUAAAAGAAAUAUUAAUUAUCUUGAAGCAGAAGAUAAUGAACCUGAAGAAGUCUAUAUCUCUAAAACCUCAAGACCUCAGCCUUAUUCUACCAACAGAAUAAAAGCUAAAGAAGCUAGUAAAAACUCAGAAUCUCAAAAGAAGUUAAACUUGAGAAAUCGUACUAUAGUGAAUCCUAUCCAGAAUGAACCAGAUAUAGCAAUGGAAGAAACCUCUCCAGAAGAUUUACCUACCGAGAAAGAAGCCUUUGAAUUAGCUAUUAGCCAAAGAAUAGCACAGAUAGAAUCUCCUUUAUAUCAGAGUAGUCAAGUUCAAAGAUUAGCAAAUAUGUUGAAGCCUUCACUACCCCCUCUUGCUGAGCAAGACCCAAUACUCAAUGUUGAUAACCUUGAACAACUUUUAGAAUUACCUGAUCCUCUUGAGGAUAACAUUACUCCAUUUGUCACUGUUGACUCUGCUAAUCAGUUUCUUUUAGAAAAUUUUAACUUUGAUGAAAAGCCUCUUGCUCCUAGUACUAUUGAAUGGGAAAGUUCAGUAAUUGAAAAAGUUACACUUUUAUCUUAUCUUAUAACUCAACCCUGGUGGUUACCCCCAUUGGAAACUCCUACACCUUUAAUGUAUAUAGAAAAUGAUAACUUUUCUGAAUAUUAUCUUUUAGUACCUCCACGACCUGUGGAUAAUUCUCAAGAUUUACAGGAGAGAAUUAUGGGAACUUAUAGAAGACUUCUUAGAACCCGAACUAUAAUGAGAAAACAUCAGUUAGCCUAUGCAUAUUACCUAGGUGAAUUAUUAGAACAAUAUCCAGAAGAACGACGGAUAAGUAAAAGAAAAAUAUCGCAAUAUUAUUAUAGUGCUUCUAUUCGAACCUAUAAUAUAUUUGCAGGAAUUGGAGUAAAUCAAAUAUUCCGAACUAGUAACACCACCUUGGCCAAGAUUGCUAGACUUUCUGCUAAUGAUUAUCAAGCCCUUAUAUAA